AUGGCUAAAUCAAGAGAUUGUGCUGGACCUGAUAAACAAACCACAGUGACUCAGAUGAGAGUUGAAUCAAUAAAUAUGCAAACAUGGGAGAUAUUGGAUGGGAAAAUUGAUGUUGUGUAUGGGAGUCCCGAGUCAUUACUGGGUGAAUGGAGGGAACAGCUGCAACAUCUUGAUGUAUCUGCUAUUGUCAUUGAUGAAUUUCAUUUGAUUUCCAAGUUGGGAGAUGAUGAUGCACAAAAUGGGAAGAAAGCAUUCCGACGGUGGUUUGGUGAGCUGGGAGAACUUAGAUCCCUGUUCCCUAGUGCUCCUUUGUUGGCUCUGAGUGCGACAUGUACACAGAAAAUACAGAGACGAGUCAUCAAAGCCUUAGCCUUGAAUCAUCACACAUACGUGUAUAAAUCCCCUGACAAGAGGAACAUCAAGUAUAGUGUUAAAAAUGUUCCCGGUGACAUUGAUAUGGCAUGGACAUGGUUAGUGGAUGGUCUCAUGGAACUGGGAGCUUUGUUUCCAAAAACACUUAUAUACUGUAAGUCCAUUAGUGAUGUAGCGAAGAUCUAUGACUACAUAAAUGAUGAGGUGUCCAAAGAAUUUGAGUCAUUCAUUGGUAUGUUUCACUCUGAGACGAUGAGUUGUAUAAAGGAAAGAAUAUUGUUAUCUAUCAGGGAUGAGCAAAGCCUACUGAGGAUCAUCAUAUCCACAAAUGCAAUGGGUAUGGGUGUGGACUUUAAUGGUCUGUCUAACAUUGUUUUCUAUGGCCCACCUUGUUCAAUGCUCGAUCUCGUUCAAGAAAUUGGACGUGCAGGGAGGGGGGUGUGA